CCCCCUCCUCCUGGCUCCCGCGCUCUCCUCCUCCGGGCCGUCUGCUGGGGGGUGUCUCCCGGGGCGGCGGGGAAGGCGGGGCCAGCCUACCACUCCUCCUGCUAUGAUGCCUGGGCAGAUUCCAGACCCUUCUGUGACUGCGGGCUCUCUGCCAGGGCUUGGCCCCCUCACCGGACUCCCCAGCCCAGCUUUGACUGCAGAGGAACUGAAAUACGCCGACAUCCGCAACAUUGGGGCCAUGAUUGCGCCCUUGCACUUCCUGGAGGUGAAACUGGGCAAGAGGCCCCAACCCAUGAAAAGUGAGUUAGACGAGGAGGAAGAGCGAAGGAAAAGGCGUCGGGAGAAGAACAAAGUAGCAGCAGCCAGAUGCCGGAACAAGAAGAAGGAGCGGACAGAGUUUCUGCAGCGGGAGUCGGAGCGGCUGGAACUCAUGAACGCUGAGCUGAAGACCCAGAUUGAAGAGCUGAAGCAGGAGCGGCAGCAGCUCAUCCUGAUGCUGAACCGUCACCGCCCCACCUGCAUCGUCCGGACCGACAGCGUCAGGACCCCUGAGUCCGAAGGCAACCCGCUACUGGAGCAGCUGGACAAGAAGUGACCGUGGGGCGGGGAGGACGAAGCAGAGGAAGGAGGAGGACAGGCAAAGAGGGGAGAGGAGAGGGUCCCGGAGGGCCCCUCCUUGGCGCAUGAGAAACUGUGAUGGAGCUCAGCCAGCCAGCACCCCCGGCGGACUCCUUUGUGAAACUCGGAUCAGCCAACGGGAGGGGAAGAGUGGGCUGAAGACAUCCUGAGGGAACAAGCGCUGAGACCAAAGGUGACCCGUGGGAAGGGCUGUCCUGCCCGGGGCCCAGCUGGAAGGAGGCAGGACAGGAGUCAUGGGCCAAAGAGAUGCCCAGCCUGGCAGUCUCAGACACUUCCCUGGACCUCUGCUGAGACACCCACCCGAGGGACCACUGAUCAGCCAGGAAAAGCCAUGAGUUGCAACCAAAAUACAGCUGAGAUUGGAACUCAGCACGAACUGCAAUCCAUCCUGCUCCGGCUGUGCCUCCGCCCUGCUGCGAAGCUGGAGAGGGGCAUGCUGCGGGGCCCUGCUGCCCCUGCCGCCCUGCCCGGGAGGCGCAGCCAGGCACACCCUCGCCAGCCCUGCUGGAGUUUGCUGUGGGCACUGAGGCGCAGGCGCCCUUCCAAAGCACAUACCGAAUGUUUACAGACGGGCUGUUCUGGCAGGGCUCGCAACUGCACAUGUUUUUUUAUACUUUCUUUUUUUUUUAAUAUUUUUUACAAAAAAAAAGAUUUUAUACAAGCAAUAUAUAUAUGGAUUUCUAUAAUCACUCGAUGUGAUACAGUAUAAAUAUGCUAUGGUUUGUUUGUUACAGACAGAUACCCACCAGUAAUGGCUGUUGUGUGUAACUGCUCAGUACUGUAGUCUCUGGGUGUUGGGGAGGGGGGGUGGCUGGGCGAGUGGGAUACAUUUCCAUCCUUGUAAACCCUUCCUGUAAACCCAGUCCUGUAUCGCUCAGUAAA